ACGCUUUCUUGAGGAGAAGGAACAAGCCGAUCGGCAUGCCAUCCUUUACGCUGACGCGAAUGGUAAUGCAAGCGGUAACGCCAACGCAAACGCCACCACCCCUGCUGCGUUUUUCCUUUUGUUAAAAGCUCCCCACUCGGGUCAGCGCCGAGGGAGGCCGCUUCCCCUGGAGGGUAUAACACAGAGUGGCAGCGCUGAGUGUACCUCCUUCACAUGCGUGUAAAAUAGCAGCCAGUGAAAAGCAGCUCCCUUUUAAGGCCAUCCGUUGAGCAGUACCCUUUUGUGAGUUUGCUCCCCUUGCUGGCCUACCCAAUUUUGUGAAUGGUUUGCCGAGGGACUGCCUAACUUGGCCACUUGUGCUUCUGAAGAGCGUGGGCCCCGAAGGAGCAUAUGCAACGGUGCUGCUUCACCCUUGUGAGGAGAUUCCACCACGUGCAAAAGUACAUACCUGUAAAGGAGGUGCGUGCGCGCCCCGUUGGAGUAGCCAUCCCUUGUAUCAAAAAAGGGGAAAGUUUAACCCUGAGGAGGAGGAGUACUACCAUGGAAGGGGAGACGGAACAGGUGAAGGAGAAGGAGGGGAGCCAAGUGGAGAAUGCAGCUGACGAAGUGAGUGACAAGAAAAAGGAGAAAAAAGCGAAGAAGUUAGCAGAGAAGGAGAAGAAGCUAGCCAAAAAGGCAGAAAGGGAGAACCUAAAAAAUGAAGCCACGAAAGUUUUAGAACACGUCUGUGAGGAUAUAAAUAAGGAGAGCUACGGAUUUGUAAAAAUUAGCAAAAUGAAGGAAAACGAAAAGGAGAUACGGUUGUUCAAUUUGGAAGAAAUAUACCACUCGUUGAUGAAGGUGGGGGGGAGUGGCGCUACCGAUGGUGGGAAGAGAGAAGACGACGCAGCUAGCCAUUCUGUAGUAGCCGAGUCGAAUGGAGCGCAUCUACUCCAAAGCGACAUCUGGGUUAGAGGCAGAAUCCACGAUAUCAGGAGCAAGGGCUCCUUAGCCUUCAUCAUUUUGAGGCACAAACUGUACUCCAUGCAGUGCAUACUAGAUAUAAAGCAUAACGACAAUGACAAGAAUAUGAUGAAGUGGGUAAGCAACUUGCCACUGGAAUCUAUCGUAGAUAUAAAGGGAAAGCUGAGCAAGCCGGAGGUCCCAAUCGAUAGCACCAAUAUAAAGUACGAAGCACAUAUAAGGAAAAUAUUCUGCAUAAGCAAGACGGCAAAGGAGUUGCCCUUUUUGUUAAAGGAUGCAAAUAUGAAGGAAACGAAUGAGGAGGGAAGCAUCAAGGUGAAUCAGGACAAUCGGUUAAACAAUAGAUGUGUAGACUUGAGGACCUACGCCAACUAUAGCAUCUUCUGCCUGCAGUCACAAAUUUGCACCAUCUUUAAGAAUUUUCUACUAGAGAAUAAUUUCAUCGAAAUACAUACGCCCAAAUUGCUUGGAGAGAGCAGCGAAGGAGGAGCCAAUGCUUUUCAAAUUAACUACUUUAACCAGAAGGGCUUCCUAGCACAGUCCCCCCAACUGUACAAGCAGAUGUGUAUUAACUCCGGAUUUGAUAGGGUCUUCGAGGUCGCCCCCGUUUUUAGAGCCGAAAAUAGCAACACCUAUAGGCACCUCUGUGAAUACGUAUCCUUAGAUGUAGAAAUGACCUACAAAUAUGACUACCUAGAAAAUGUGCACUUUUACGAUUCUAUGUUUAAGCACAUUUUCACUGAGUUGUCAAAAGGAGGGAAGAAUGAAAUGCUCAUUAAGACUGUAAAGGGGCAGUACCCUUGUGAGGAUUUCCAGUGGCUAGAGGAGACUCCAAUUUUUACCUACGAAGAGGCCAUAAAAAUGCUAAUACAGCAUGGAAAGCUUCACCUAAAAGAGGAGGAAAUUUUAGCCUAUGAUAUGUCCACCGAUAUGGAAAAGGAAUUGGGGAAAAUUGUUAAGGCGUCUCACCAUACGGAUUACUACAUCAUUAUUAACUUCCCCUCUGCGCUGAGACCUUUUUAUACUAUGUAUAAGGAAGACGAGCCGGCCAUCUCCAAUUCGUAUGAUUUCUUUAUGAGGGGGGAGGAGAUUCUGUCUGGGUCCCAACGGAUUAGCGAUGUGAAUUUGCUGCUCGAAAAUAUCAAGCGGUUUAACUUGGACGCGAAUAAGCUCAAUUUUUACAUCGACUCCUUUGCCUACUCGUCGUACCCCCACUCCGGCUGCGGCAUCGGCCUCGAGCGCGUCCUCAUGCUCUUCCUCGGCCUCAACAACAUCCGCAAGACGUCGCUCUUCCCGCGCGACCCGAAGCGGCUCAUCCCGUGA